AUGCCAGGGGGAAAGCCUUGGAUGAUAUUGAUGCCCGUCCUUUCGGGGUUUAUUGGCAAAAGUGACGAAGUUGAAAAAGCAAUUUUGAAUGGCUUGCACAGUAACGUAAGUCAGCUUGAAAAGCUUUUAGAAGCAUCUUGCGGAGGUGAGGGGUGUUGUAAGGAUGCUGGUGAGGCAAUUAAUAACCUUAAUGAAUUCAAUGAGAAGCUUAAAAAACACCUUAAUGAGGAACCAAUAGCCGCUGAAAAUCUUGAUAACAUCCUUUCUGACUGCAAGUUAAAUCCGUCUGAUGGUCCCUUAGAUAAGCUUAAUAAGGAAAUUACUCAAAAAAUUGAUGACCUUACUAGGCAAAUUGAUGAGCUUAAAAAUGACAAUAAUGAUGAUAAUAAAAGUAAAAAUGCCUCUGAAAUUGACAAGCUAUCUAAAUCUCUUGAGUCUCAUAAUGCUUCCUUGAAGUCUCUUGAGACACUGAAAGAGCUUUGUGAUUUUGCUGGGAAAGUUAAAUCAUCACCAAAUGGGAACUGUAAAGAUAUUUUAAACAAUCUGUGCACAGGCCUCGAAAAAUUUCUCGGCUACGAGAAGGGUAAUUACACCGGCUCCGGCAUCGUGUACUCCGACCUUGACAGGCUCUGCGACGGGGUGAUGGCGUUCUUGCAUUCCGUGCUUAAAGAUGUCUAUGAGAAGCAGCCUUACAAAGUAGGGAAAGAAAGCCAUUUGAAGAGUGUUGUUGAUGCUUUGAAUGAGAAAUUAUGUUCAGGUCAUAAGGGUUUCAAGAGUGCCAUUGUCAAGGUGGCAGAUGGUGUCCGGGAGUAUAAUAGGGAAGUGGAGAGGUCUAAUGAGAGCGUCAAGGAGCCAAUUAAUGAUCUUCUAAGCAAGGUUGGAAGUACGCUAACAGAUAAGUUGAAUGAAAUUACAUCUCAUAUUGUUUCAGGUCCAACGAAGGAUUUGAGUGCGGAGCAAGUUGACAAGGUCAAGACAGCUGAGAAGUUGAUGAAGAAAGCGCUCAAACAGUGUCAAGAGGACGUAAAGAAAUUCAAUGACAUUUUCAAUCUUAGCAAUAACAAAACUAUGAAGAACGCAGUUGAAUAUCUUAAUCCUAAUUUGUCACAUAGAAUAAAGUGUGCUACAGGCAGCGUGGAACAUGAGACGGAGAGGCUUAGGGCCUUGUCAGAUAAAGAAAGUGAGGAUUUUAAUAGUAUGCAGGAGAGCAUUCAAGAGGUGCUCAAGGAGCACGGCGAGUGCGUGAAAACGAAAAUUACCGAAAAGGUAACAGAGCUUGUUAGGUAUCUGAAAGACGCGGUGCAGAAGAUAGUGGAUCAGCUGAAGAAAAUUAGUGGUACAUUUAACGUGUAUGUGAAUCAGCUUGGCAAGUGGAUUGAUAAUGCGGAUGCAGCGAUUACGGGCGCAGAGACGCAGGUUAAGAAAAUAUUGGAUGAAGUCAGCGAGGGGUAUGGAAGCACAUACCCUGCGCAGCUUAGAGCGACGGCGGACAACCUUAAAACGCAAGCCGAUGAACUCUACACUGCUCAGGAGUAUGUUAAAACAAAGGUGCAAGAAGAAGUGCAAAAGGCGAUUCAGGCUGUAAAAACUCUGGAAGAUGCGGUUCGGUAUGAUUUGAAUGGGUUGAAAGAUGACAUUAGUUCAGGCAUAAGGGAAUAUUUUGAUGAUUAUGUCAGGACAGUUAGAGGGAAAGUUGGAGAGAUUAGGGGAGGGCCACGAAACAACAAAGGUCUUCAGAUAACACUCAAUAAUGUGAGGGAUCAUGCUAAAGGAUUCGACGUCAAAUUUAAGGCAGCUAUCGCGUACAUGAUUGACAAAAUGUUGAGUGGCGGUGCACUGAAGUUGUAUAUUAGUUGGUAUAAGCCCGCCGAACAUAAGGAGAGAAUUGCGCAAGAAAUUACUAACCUCGCCGCAUCGGGGACUAUUAAUUCCAACAGCAACGAAGUUCAUACCGUCUUGCAAAGCAUUAAGAGUUAUCUUGAAAAUUUUGCGUCGGCGAUUGAGCCAAGUAAAAACGCCAGUGGCAUAAGCAACAAGAUUGAUUUGGCUAUCAAAGACCAUAUCAGCAAUCUUGGUUCGUAUAAUAUAUUCACACUUGAAAAGGCGAUCAAAACUAUCCUCACCGCUGUUCACUCAGCCGUAAAUGGUGCAGCAGCGGAAAUUAAUACGUUCGUUACGGAAUCGAAAAUCAAGAAUAUCCACGACGCCUGGACUGCGGCUGAGCAUCUCAACAGUAGACUUACAACAGCGCUCGAGAAAGGUUCCGAAGCCACUACCGAGGCCUUCGUCCCCGGCUCCGACGUAGAUACUAAACUUGCUUCCAACAUUCCAAAGACCAUUAAUAGAAUUCUUGACAACAAAAUAGGGCAGACUGGCACACAUGGUAAAGAUAGUAACAAAAUAGUAAAUCUUGACAAAAUGCCGGCUUCCUUCAAAACGGCAACCAGCGACAGGCCAAGCAAAAAAGUCGCACUUACGGCAGCAAUCACCAAAAUCCAAACCGACGUAACCGGCGCUUUAGCAGGUGUCGAGAGACUCCAAACAGAGUUCAUGCUAAAAUCCUCGGAGAUCCACAACGGCCUUAGUCGACUAUGCGCAGAAAUUAAGUACGCCGCUGAUAUAGACCCGAAUAGUGCCAAGAAGAAGUUGGAGUUGUUGAAAAAUCUUAUUACACAGCCUCAGGUUGAUGUUAUGGUAAACGGUAAAAAUCAAACGCAAAAAGGUCUUAACAAGAUUCACACUGAGCUUAGUGAACUGCGAAAAAAACUGGAUGAUGGUCCCAUAAAGGCUGCUACAGACUUCGUCUCCGGAGCCGGACGUUUAUGUGAGCAAUACCUUAAACCAGUUCAUGAACACGUUGGCCAACAGGUCCAAAAGGCUCAAGAGCUUAUAACAACCCAGGCGCGCAAGAACCACGUUAACGCCAUAAAACGUUUGCUUACAUCUUUUGCCGAGAAGGUGGAAAAGGAUCUGAAACCUUUGCCACAAGAUAUUUUACAUGACUUAACACUAGGAUUCAAGGGCUUCAUGGCCAAAUUUGAAGAACAUUUUAUUACGAACUCUAAAUCAAUCAUAGGGAUUAAGGACAUUGAAAAUACGCCGUCACCAGAAAAAUCUCCACUCAGCCAGGCGGUGGUAAAAUUACAUGGAAGUUUUAAAAAGUUCUUUCAUGAUUACCAAAAGAACACAGACUUCAGUAAAGAUUUCAGAAAUUUUGAGACGUCAAAUGAUGCAUUGCAGAAAAUGCUUGAAGGCCUCAUCACUUCGCAGCACUUCAACAACGAAUUUAGCAAUAACUUACAAUCAAUUAAUAAUGAACUUCGUGCCUUGCACCCUUCCGAAUUCGGUCCAUCUUCGACUUCCAUGUUACAAUCUCUGAAGGAGGGCCUUGAUGCCCUCACCAAAGAGCUGAGCAAGGCGUACCUCAAUACCUAUGAGGGACUACCGUACGAAGAGGCCGACAAGGACAAAUAUGCGAAGGCCUUUAUUACAAGUUUCUAUACCAUCCACGACAGCCUCACUGAGGUGAAAGAGAAGUGUAACAGCGAAGAUCAAUGGAAGGACAAAAAAUGCUGUGAGAUUCAGGGCCGCAUUAAAAAUCCACUUGGCAAAUUCAUGAAACGCUGUGGCUUUAAAAUAGGCCACGACGAAAAUUCCAAGGACUCCGAGUUGCAAUAUCCCUCUGAUCUCAAUGGUCAGCAGAUUCUUCAGAAACUUCUUGCCAAAUCGUUCGACGACACGGAACAAAUUAAGCACAUUAAGGAGUGUUUACCAGACAAAACGAAAACGCAAAUUGAAAACACAUUUAAUAUCACUCACCUCCUUGAAUGCCUUUUACAUCACGUUGACACUUUUAAUGAAGUCUCUCACUUAGCACUACGCACAAAGCCACGCAGCCCCUGUAAUGUUUACGAAAUGCUUGCUUGGUGUUCGGGUCUCACGUAUAAUCGCGUAUGGUCACCUAUGCGUGACAUAACUCUGCUUGAGCAGUUUGACGAUCCAGAGAAGGAAAACAAAGCACAGCCCGACGAGGACCUUGGCGUCCCAUUGACAGCCGUGGGCACCUUAUACUUAGAUGCCUACCCGCAUGACAUAUCAUAUAAUGAUACACGAGAUGCUCUUACAAACCUAUGUUCCCUUUCAUAUGACCUGUUGACAGCAAUCGUCGGCACCGGUGACGCCGCAACGUAUUACGCCUGCGACUACUGCACUAACACAAUGAAUCUAUACUACCCGUCCAAUCCUGGCGAGUGUCUUGAUAUGUUGCUAGACAUCCUUCGUAGAGUGUAUCCAGUGCUCGUAUAUCUCUGUCAGAUGUGUAGCCUGGACGCCAAACACAACGGCUGGCGCCAGUGCCAAUACGGUAAAGAUGUCUCAUCCGGUAAUCGGGAUUGUAAUCAGCAUUCCGAUCAGCCUUCAGAUUGCCGCCCCGGUUCACCGCUGAUGUUGUACCUUACUGACGGCCUGCCCGGCCACUUGCCUCAUCAGCUUGGUUCAGUGGGCUGCAAAGCCAAAUGUUCAACGUGCUCCACCGGUUCAAGUAAGAUGCCAUGUUUAACGCCACUCGGCUUUAGAGCUUUCUCUGUAACCAAACGCACAGGCAAGGAGCUAUGUAACGUGCUGACCAAACUGUGCGGUAACCAAGGCAUUUUAACGACUCUCUACUCAGCGCUUAAUUGUCUGCUUGGCCGUCCACCCGCGACAUUCCCGGACGUAUUCUCAUUCUAUUACAAGCUUGUACGCAGAUGGAACGGAAUGCAGGAAGGUGGGAAAGAGCACUCCAUCCAACAGGCCAUCACCGACAAAAUAACAGCUACCGUAGGCUGCAAUUCUAGUGAUGCUGUGUCGUUACUCGAUUCAUGCCGCAGAAUGUAUGACUCUCCAUCGCACUUUAUGCAUAAUAUUAACGAUGUCUGCGAUAUUGGCUACCUCGUUGGCUGUGGACAGUCAGAUUGCGGUUAUAUCAUGCGACCGCUCAACGCCUCGGCCUACAGUGUAUUUGUUCCUAAGUUUGCCGGUAGUUAUCUGUCGUAUCUGAUUUACGCUUGUUCAAGUAUUUACAACUUCCUCGAGCAGCUGAAAAAUUCUUUCUGCGACAUUUCGUGCUACGACCACCAGUGUGGUCCGUGCCUUAACAGUGCCGGUUGUGCAACGGGCAAGCACGGCACCAGCCAGUGUGGAUGCAGAUCCAUUGUCCAGUGCCGCGGAGUGUCAUCGGUGUUUUACAGGUAUGGCUUAGCAUAUGCAGACGCCGCCGGCAGAAGCCAAAUUAGAUGUCAGCAAUUCUGCACAGCACUAGACAAAAUAUUGCAAUCGCAGACGUUGAAGAAUUUCCUGAGUGCCAUCGACGAAUUCAUGUUCACCGUCAGAAAGAAUUUCAUCUGGACUCUUGUGGCCCUCUGGUCGCUCUCUUUGCUCUACCUGCUGCACAUCGCCGUCGUCCGCCUCGACGUCCUCCGCAUCCGCUCCCACCUGCGCUCGCCCUCAAGCCACCGCAUCGCCGCGCAGUCCCUCCUCGCCGCCGCACGCGUCAAGGCACUCGCCAACGUCAAGUACUUCUCACCAUAA